GAUUAUUCCAAUAGGCGAAUUACUAGUGCAACUAUAACUCUAACUGCUCGAAAUGGCUUAAUCUUAGUGGCUGCCCUGUCUAUAUUCCUUAUCCUUAUUAGAAGCCAGUUCUGGAGCAUUCUGAGCUUUAUUAUUUACCAGAUAAACGCAACAAAAAAGGCUACUAAUAUACUGCACUUUUAA